CACAUUUUCGUCACCUUGGGGAUGUAGACGAUUGAUUAGAUCUUUGAAUCGCCGGUAUUUACAAUAUCAUGACUGAAUAUUAAUGAGUGGGUCCUGGACAAUUGUUUGUCAAACGUAUCAGACCUUGUUACCGUCAAGUUGAUCUUAAUUUAUGAUUUAUCACUUUUUGUCUUUGAUUGAGUGUUAACCAAACUUUUCAAACUACUGAACUAUUUAGGAACAAGUUUUACAGACUUGUUUGUGUCGCGUUUUCACACCUCGGAUGAUUGGAUGUAAACACAAUAAUACAGCAUGCUGUAUGAGGGGAUAAUCCCAUUGAUUGGUUUGGGAAAUCUAGGUUAUCAGCAGACAAUGAUCCUUUGACUCAGAGAACACCAGCAUGUUAGAGGUCUGUAACUACUCCCAGGGGAUGGACACCUUGUCAAAUCCGGUCAACAACAACAGCAUGAAGCACCCCAGUGCUAACCUGGAGGUGUUCGAGUUUAACAUUGGUAAGGCCCAGAGCCUGCGGUGUGCCAGCAGCGCCACGGCCAUCAGCUGCGGGGAGUGUGAAACGUGUCUCCUGAGUGACCGCAUGAAGAACGCCAAGGAGUUCUUCCCUAAACUGGGAAGUCACUCCAAGAAGCGGUUCAUGCUUGGACUGAUGCGUCGAUUUCACAGUGUUGAUUUGUUACACCAGAUGGUCAGUUUACUGCAGCCAUUGUCCUGUAAGGACUUCACGUAUUCCCGGAGUCGAGCGGCGCCGAGUCUGGACACAGAUAUGACAACCUUUAGCUCUGAUCGUGCCAUGGACUUGAUGGAAGUGGAACAAUUCAUUACUGGGACAUGGAUGUGGUUCCAGAAAGCUAACUAUUGGACAAAAGCUAACUUUGCUUUAUCCUUGCUUCAGUUGUGUGAGAUUUCCCUGCUGCAUACCCUCAGUUCUCAGGCACGGACCCUCCUCAUCUCAGAGGAAAAGGCCACCACCGUCACCCCAGAAGAGGACUACGUGGAGACAGCCUCUAUUCCGGAGUCGGAGUAUUCCUUCCACAGCGAGGAACACGCUGAUCUCCAGGUGCUUUCUAUUGUAUCCCCACACUACGGCAAGCCCAAACUCCACCCCAUCACGGGGGACAAACUCCUCCUCGAUGACGUCAUCGAAAAUGACGACAGUGGCACUGACAGCGAAUCCGAGCUGUCGUCUGUGGACCCCGCGUGCAUGGUCAUCCCCACGUCUUCCAAGGCUUUCUCUGGUGUUGCGCGCCACAAAGACUUUAUCCGCAGUCUUCCCGUGCAUCUUGCUAAGUACAUUCUUAAGUUACUGGACAAAACGUCGCUUAGUCACGCGCUCUUGGUCAGUCAGAACUGGAGGGCCCUGGUGUUGGAAGUUCACGAUGAGGAGCGGAUCAACCAACUCUUAGAGGAGGAUGUAAUGUUGAUGCAGGGUGCGGCGGCACAAGGGGUGAACCACCAAUACGCCAAGGACAUCGACGUGCCUGUCCCUAACCUGUUCCCGGGGACCCGGACCGUGAAACUUACAGAUGAUGAGGUCAUCAGCCCCACCUAUCUCCAGGAGGUCAACUUCACUAACGCCUACAGCGGCGUGUCCACACGUAACGUAAUCAUGGAGGAACGCAACGUUUACUGCGGGACCUACAACGUCAUGGUUCUCUCUAUGGUUGAAGAUCAUCAUCGCGUGAUACACACAGACGGGGGGCAGAACAUCGCCAUAGGAUCUAAAGACCGGAAGAUCCGGUUCAUUGAUAGAGAUAGCGGAAAUGAGCUGCCUCUCGUCAUAUCCGGUCAUGCCGGAAGUAUUAGGUGUGUCCAUAUUUGCACUGAGCGGGGAAUCGUUCUUAGCGGCAGUUAUGAUACCAGCAUCAGGAUGUGGAGCGUGGAGACGGGCACCUGUAAGAAGAUUUUCCGCGGACAUCGGGACACAAUCCUCACCAUACUGGUCCUGGACGACUACCUAGCAUCCGGGUCAAAAGACAAUUCCUGUAAAAUUUGGAACAUGCAGACGGGUAAAUGUCAGAGGACCUUCAAACACAAGGCGCCGGUGUGGGCGGUGGCAGUCAGUCAGGAGCUGUGUAUCACAGGGUGCGAACAGGGGAAGGUCAAGGUGUGGGACAUCAAGUCAGGGGAUCUCAUUAAGGUGCUAGCAAGACAUCAUGCUCAAAUAACUUCAAUCAAGUUUGACCGGUGGCACAUCAUCACCGGAAGUAAGGAUGGGUAUGCACUGGUCUGGAGUUCUCAGGGAGAACACGCGCGGUGUCUAAACGCGCUCAGGCAUCCCAAGCCAGUGUUAUGUCUGGAGUUCCAGUACCUACGCGUCAUCACUGGAUCCGCCGACGGACGUUUACGGAUAUGGAACAUGAUAAGUGGACAGUGUUGUCGUAUCAUGCGCGGAAACAGUGCCAGUGAUCCAAUCCAGUCAAUAAUUGCCAUAGAUGACAGAAUAACACUUAACACAAGUAAGAACCUGAUCGAGUUGAGGUUUGAGUCUGUAACAUGGGACUACACACUGGAGAACGACAAAAUCCCGUCAGCUGUCAAGUAUAGUUCCUACUCUGACGCACCCAUACGUCCGCAGCCCUAUCCCUACAUCCGGGCACAAAGGAUGAAGCGCGCAGGCGCCAGUAACACCAAAAUUAUCCACCAUGAUCCGAAGAAGCGUGAGAUCCGCCCGCCAAACAUCCUUCAGAUGAAUCUGUACGCCAAACAAAUUCCACACAGUGCGAAAUGUCUCAGCCAGAAGAGCCUGGAGAGCGCCCGAUUCAUACAGAGCGCUGCGCCGGAGUCGGGAUAUGAAAGUGGACCAUCCCCGCCCGCCCUGGAUCAUCGACCUAGUUCAGACAAACAGACGGUUUCUUCCAACAAGUCUUUCCCUACCAAGCCAUUAACGUCAAAACCGCCGCGACCCAGCACGUUCAAAUCCGCGACAUCCAUACAAAGUGUCGUCAUCGCCGAUCCUUUAUGUAAACAUUACGACGAUGAUGACGACGACGACGUACACGCCCCGGUGCUCAUGAAGAGGAGAGUAUCAUGGGCUUUUGAUCAAUCUAUUUUUCCUAAAACUAAAGACAUUUCUCUCUCAGAGACAAAGGCUCUGCUGCGGUCGCAAAUGCGAAUGAAAGCGGAGAGUGUAGUACCCCCUGAUUUUAUAUAUUUAACUGUAAAUGCAAUACAAAAUUCAAUGCAAAGUUCAGAAACGACGAACAACACAAAAAAGAAUAUUCGUGCCAUGGUGUCAGGACUGGAUGGAUUCAAGCGUCCGUCCUCAUCUCCUAGUAAGAUUGACCCCAGGACAAAAGUGCCAGUAGACGAACUCGGACUAGAAAAAUUCCACCCCAAAUCAGUAGAAGCCGAGUCACUAUCAGAGUUCUCCGACACGAAGUCCUUCAAAUCACUGAAAUCGUCCAAGGCUAAAGAAUCGGAUCAAGCCCCCGGUCCUAAUCGAGAGCGGUACGCCACUCCUUGUGAAAUCAAGCCCACCAAGACAAAAAUAAGGAUGAGUCUCCACCCAAAGAAGGUGAAGACCACGGUACCUGUCGGCCGAUCCAUCAGACCGGUGUCAGCGGCCGCUCACAGACAGGACGCGGUGGAAGUGGACAUGACGGGACGUCCGGUGACGGCGCCGACCAUCAGACGACCGGAUACCGCCAUCAGUGACGUCCCCUCCACCAUCGCUUCCGCUCUCCCGGGGGUCGUGCCUCAACACAAGAAACAGCCCGCGGGGAUAUCUUCCUCAAUGCACGAUGUUAACUUAGUGCCAAUGAAAAUGUAUCCAAAAGACAUGAAGGAGAAAUUAAGUGCCUUGAUUCAGGAGAAGCGUCGUGCUAAAUCGGAGACAGUGCUGAGGUCGGCCAGUGAUACCGCCAUCGGCAAAGUCAGCCAGUAUAACGACCCGAUGAGGAGCCACGUCAAGUUUGAACUACGGACCUACGAACAAGAAAAGGAGUUCAUCAAUAAUAUUGAACAAAUGUACAUAGAAAAGCAACAAAAUGACGAAGAAAUGUUGGAAAAGAAGAAACGAGCUGCGUGGUUAGCUAAGGCUAGUUCCCGACCCAGCACUGUUUACCCUAGUCAGCGAUCUGGUGGGGCACCGGGCUCAGCCGCCGUCAGACCCAACACGGUACACGGCAGCAAGCCCAACAGAUGAAGCGCUGUCGGAAGUGACGUCAUAAUCAUCAUCAAGGCUGUGAAACAGCCAAUCAGAGAUUGAAUGAAGAUGCCCUCUAUCAGACUAAAUCGAACGGGAAUCUACAUGACUUCCGAGAAAAAAAAUAAUGGUUGUGAAUUCGCUCUUUGUACACAUUGUGUAUGUUUUUUUAAUUGCCUGUGAUAAGUAUUACUUCAUAGAUUUAUUUUUUUAUACAACUGUGCCUUGACUGAGGACAGACUAUCUGCACAUGUUGCUGACUUUAUCGUAAGAACUAAGAUGUCUUACCUGCUUUUUGUUAUAUUUUGACGUCUUUUGUGUAAUUGUGUGGCGCAAUUGCGUAGAAUUACCACUAUAAUGAUUUCAGUUUAGAUGAAUACUUGUGUGAUUCGAACAGAUCUGUGUGUUUUUGACAAUUCAUCUGAAUGGUGUAAGGAAUGGUUGAAUGAUUGUAUAUAUAUAUAUUGAAUUAAAUGGAUGUUGACGCAUUUUACACUCGUGCUACAUUUUGCAAAUUUGUUGUAUGUGCACAAAUACCGAAUGAUCGUAAAAUAGUUUAGAUUUUUUUUACAGUAUUGCCAAGUUCCUGCUCAAUAUUAGGGGGUCAUCAGUACAUGUAGCCACAUAGCGGCACACUUUACAGGGUCUACCCAGUGCCUAAAUCUGAGUUUCACCGACACUCGAGCUGUGAUAUAUGUCAAUAGUAUUAUUUAUAUUCUGUUUUAUACUAAUAAAUGGUUCUAACAGAAAA